UGAUAGUAUUUUUGUCAAAUGGCGUUGUUAACUAAUUAUAUAUCCCAUCUACUCCCCCUUAGUUCCACAAACCAAACACCCACCAUAGACGCCAGUCGGCCGACAAACUGUUUGUCGGCGGCGAACCUAUCGGACAAAAAGACGUCGACCAUAAAACGACAUGAGUGGGAACCUCCGUACAAUAAUUCCGGUUGUGUCGUCUGUGUUUGACCUUAUUCGCUUGCGUAAGCCAAUCCCACUCUUUGUCGGGCCAAAUCUGAACUACCCAACCUCUCUCUCUCAUUACACCGCUCUCAUUUCCAUACCCACCACUACUUCCACAAGCUCAUCAUCCUUCACUUCCCUAACGACAAAGCCCCUCAACCCACGUCGCCGUCUGAUGUCAUCUCCGGCGGCCACUAUGUUCCACGACAACCCGCUUGUCAACGAUAUAUGUGCCACUGCUGUUUCCGGUGCUGUCGCUCUCUUCUUUCUUCGACUUUGGCAAGAAACCGCCAAACGCGGGCUCGAACAGAAACUAAACAGGAAGCUCGUGCAUAUAAGCAUUGGCCUAGCUUUCAUGCUUUGCUGGCCAUUGUUCAGUCCUGAGUAUUACGGAGCACUCUUAGCAGCUUUGAUUCCAGGUGUCAAUAUCAUAAGGAUGCUUCUCUUGGGACUUGGAAUUACAAAAGAUGAUGCUACAGUGAAAUCAAUGAGCAGAUUUGGAGACCACAGGGAGCUUCUUAAGGGACCACUGUACUAUGCCAUAACAAUGACCCUGGCUUCUAUAAUCUAUUGGAGAACAUCGCCUGUUUCAAUUGCAGUAAUAUGCAACCUAUGUGCUGGAGAUGGUGUUGCAGACAUAAUAGGACGGCGAUUUGGUAGGCAGAAAAUUCCCUACAACAAAAAUAAAUCCUUAGCUGGUAGUUUUGCAAUGGCGUCUGCUGGAUUUUUAGCAUCUAUCGGGUAUAUGUUCUAUUUCUCCUCAUUUGGAUUUGUACAGAAAAGUUGGGAAAUGGGAUUUGGUUUUUUGGUCAUCUCUCUCGCCUCGGCGCUGGUGGAAUCACUCCCUAUAAGCACUGAGCUGGAUGACAACCUCACGGUUCCCCUGACCUCUAUGCUUGUGGGCUGUCUUGUUUUCUGAUAUGAGUUCCCCGUUGUAAUUGUGGCUCAAGCAAAAAAGUGUAAGAAAUUAUAAGUUCUGAGAACCAAUUUCUUGUAUUUGGCCAACAUAGGUGCAGGUGUUGCAUCUUAUUUGCUCACUGGUAUUAUUAGUGUAUGUCUAACCGUGAUAUUCACCAUUGUUGUAGUAUGUAUGAUGUUGGAAGUCGGUUCUUCUUUCUUUCCUUCAUGGAGGAUCUGUUCAUUCUUUUUACAAUCUGCAAGUAAUCAGUAUCAAGUGCAGGAAUGCAACUUGUUCAUGGUUUUAUUUGUUA